AUGAAUCCCGAAUACGACUAUCUCUUCAAGCUCCUCCUCAUCGGAGACUCCGGUGUCGGAAAGUCUUGCUUGCUCUUGCGGUUCGCCGACGACACCUACACCGAGUCCUACAUCUCCACGAUCGGCGUUGACUUCAAAAUCCGGACGAUCGAACUCGACGGGAAGACCGUGAAGCUCCAGAUUUGGGAUACUGCCGGCCAAGAACGCUUCCGCACAAUCACAUCCUCAUACUACCGUGGCGCGCACGGCAUCUGCGUCGUCUACGAUGUUACCGAUAUGGACAGCUUCAACAACGUGAAGCAAUGGCUCCAAGAAAUCGACAGGUACGCCACCGAGGGCGUUAACAAGCUCCUGGUUGGCAACAAGAGCGAUAUGGCGGAUAAGAAGGUGGUUGAUUACCAAGUCGCAAAGGAAUUUGCCGACAGCUUGGGCAUCCCAUUCCUCGAGACAUCAGCAAAGAACGCCAGCAACGUCGAGCAGGCUUUCUUGACCAUGGCUCGCCAGAUCAAGGAGCGCAUGGGCAGCAGCAUUGCCACCAACAACACCAAGGCGAACGUCAACGUGUCGCCUGGACAGGGUGUCUCCAACAACCAGUCCGGUGGCUGUUGCUAA